AUGCGCAUUCCGACCCUCUUCCGCAUCUGGUACUCGACCACGUACACGGUCAUCUUUGGCAUCCUCCUGGUCCUCCUCGCCGUCACCCCUGCGGAAACCGUGUACCAGUCGUUCCGAUCCGACGAACUGCAGAAAAUCUUUGUCAUUGGCGGCGUCUACGUGCUCACUGUCUUGAUCAUACUUCUUGUCUACAGCACGCGGCUGUACACGAACAGGAGCGUGCUGCAGGCAAUCCCGAAGCCGUACGUUCCAAUCGAGGAUGGCGAGGUGGGCAAGCUGGUGCGUAGGAUGAUUGUCAAGAAGUUGCGGAGGAGCGCAGUGGUCGCAUGGGACAGCAUGCCUCGGGAUGCGCGGGGCGAAGCGGGCGACGAUGACGGACAAGGACCCACGAGGGCCCAUCACACCCACAAGAAGAGGCAUGCCUUUCCGGCUACCGUCAUACCUGUAAACCCAGAGUCGCCGCCGUGGGGCCGUGUCUCGCAUCCUGGGUGGGCGUCUCCCGCGAGCCCGGAUCUGCCCAACCUGCAGUAUAGUAACGUCGUUAACGAGCUGCCCAACCUGAUCGAAGCCAAAGCUGUCUCACUGGCGCCACCUGAUCCGGCACUGGAGGAUCGUGCGCUUCGCAUUCAAGACACACCUAUGCUCCCGGACGCGCAGAUUGUCGCUCUCCUACAGCGGCCGCGCACUAUGGGCCUGCGCGACUACCUGGCACGGCUAUCCUCGUUCGGUCUGCUGAACCCGCCCACUCUCGGGCCCAAGUUCCUUUCUCUCUACGAGUACGCACGCUUCUCCACAAAGUGCCUCACAGAGCAUGAGUUCAGAGACAUCAUGGCUGUGUUCACCGAGAUCCUCAACGGAAUGACAGAGCUCGACCCUGUGGUUAUUGACGAAGCACGCGCCGCCUCUUCUGAUAUCGAGACACGCAGUCUUGCUCCCACUGUCUCCUCGUAUACAUCCUCUCAUGAUUCCUCGCGUACCGGUCUGCCAUAUAGAACACCCAUGGCUGACAACCGUUCCGAGUUUUCCUCUGAGGAGCACCCGAGCCCUAGCUCCCCGCAGACAGUACAGACGGCGCCUUCCAUGAUCAGGACUGCGAGCGGUGAAGGCUUCGUCCAGCCAAGGACGCCAUCUAUUCGAUCAGCAGUCUCGGGCGAAGGCUCCGUGCGACGAAGCACGAUGCAGAGGAGCCCGUCGACCUUGUUGCCAAACUCGUCGACUUCUUCGCUACGUUCAGCCGGCUCUGUUGUUGUGCGUCUCAACCUCCGCCCAGGUGUAGGCGAUCUGCCAUACCAGUAUCGCCACGAAGACGGAUGA